AGUCAGCGUAAACUCACCAGGAGUUAGACAUUCCCCGAAGUUGUUCAAAGAAUAUCGUGGUCAGGGCGACCAAUCCACUCUUCAGUAUCUUCUUCUUAACCUACCUAACAAUUCUCAAAAUAUCAAAAACUUUUCACAAAUAAUCAAACCAUUCUCGCCUCUGAAAUCUUGUGUCGAUUUUCUCGAACUCACAACAUUCAACAAAUAUUUUACGUCGGGACGGUGUGCCUCGCACAAUUUCCUACAAAACCAAAAAGCAGUGCACGCAAUAGUAAUUAUGGAUAUUUUGUGAUAACUGAAUAUCGUGCUGACAAAGAAAUGACGAUGACACACCCGCGAAGCGAGCGACGACGGCGAUGAUCGAUGAUCUGCGAGAGCAGCUGAGUUUUCUGCUUGGCAAAACGAGUGACACUUGACAGGACUCAAUCCUGUUAUUCUUUGAGUGGACUACUUAUUAUUUCAUUAGUUUAUUUAUUUAAUUCACUCACGGAAGUUCCAUUUUAAUGCAAAUUCAGUUCAAGCUUAGAUUACUCAGAGUGCAAGUGGAGCGAUAUUAAAUGAAAAAUGAUAUAUGACUGUAAAGUGAAUCGAGUGCAACGACUAAUCAUGAUCGUGAACCGUGUGCAUGAGUGAGUGAUACAUCGUCCGCUGUCUUCUUGAAUGCGUAAAAGUGAGAGAGCAACGAGGUGGACCACUCUCCGAUUUCGUUGUCGACGACGGCAACGUCGAGAGCGAACCGGAAUCCUCCCUAGGAAGAGAACGACUUAGUUCAAAAUCAGCAUCGCCAGGAACAAGCCUCUGCCUUUGACAGGUUCAGCAGAAACCUGAGAGCAAAUGCAGUUUUAACCCGAGAUCAUCUCGAGAAAAAAAGGAAUGGCUAGCUUGAUGGUGAGUUCCUCAAGCAAAAACAGCUCACGAAGUGCUUCACCUAAUAGAGGAAACGCUCCAGGAUCUCAAAACCAGCAACAAUCACCAAUCAUCGUGGAUCACACUCCAAAAACACGGAAUGCUGCGGUGCAUCAGGCAGGAGAAGGUAGCACGGGCAGUGGUAGCAGUUGUGGAGGUGGGGGUGGUACCGGAAUGAAGAGUAGCAGUCGACAGAGAUCACCGAUUGCCGUAGUACGAACUGGCGAAACCAUGGAUGAAUCAAACACGAGCAUAAAUGCCGAUCCGGAAGAGAUUGGACCAAAUGUUCACCCACCCACUGACGAGGAAGGAGAAUCACACCACCACACGCAAUCGUUCCUAUCGAAUGGCUCAACUGAGUUGAUAAGUGACGACGUUGACUCAAGUGCCACGCGAGUUCGUCAAGCUAUCGAACAUAUUCAAAGCAAAAUUGCCAGAACUAGGGAACUGAUUCGGAUAGAGCAAACAACACGAGACGAAAAUGUAAAUGAAUAUCUAAAGCUAGCUGCAAGUGCAGAUAAGCAGCAGCUGACAAGAAUAAAGACUGUUUUUGAGAAGAAAAAUCAGAAGUCGGCCCAUAGCAUUUCACAGCUGCAGAAAAAACUGGAAAGUUACACGAAGAAAUUAAAAAAUUAUGAGAUAAAUGGCGCUCCGGCAAGUCAUCGACAACCAAGGGAAGUUCUUCGAGACAUGGGGCAAGGACUAAAAAAUGUGGGAGGCAACAUUAGGGAUGGAAUCACUGGUUUUUCAGGGAGUGUCAUGUCCAAGCCUCGCGAGUUCGCACAUCUCAUCAAGAAUAAAUUUGGCAGUGCUGACAAUAUAAAUACAUUAUCGCAUGGCUCGACAUUUUAUGUAAACGAUACACCACGUGCAGGUAAUGGUGAUAAUGCUAGCGUCGAAGAGGAAAAGACUCACCACGGUUCAGCUACACUUCCUGGAGGAUGUAGUCUAGGAUCAACGCACAGUGCAGCAGCUAUGAAGUUCCCAUCGGAAGAGGGAUCUGAAUGCUCGAGCGUGACGAGCGAAAGUGGACCCGGAAGCAGAGGGCAAACCCAUACUUGUCACGGUCACAGGGACACCUUCAGUCUCAAAUCCAUUUUCUCUGAGCUUCAGGAACACAGAGAGAACUUCGAUCGGAUGAGGGAAAAACUUGAGGGUCUCAAGACUCUUCAACAAGAAGUCAGCUAUCUUUCGCAUGCGGUGCAAGAAGAACGCUUUCGUUGUGAACGACUUGAAGAACAGAUAAACGACCUGACCGAACUUCAUCAAAACGAGGUCGAAAAUCUCAAACAGACGAUCACUGACAUGGAGGAAAAGGUUCAGUACCAGAGUGAAGAUCGUCUGAGGGACAUCCACGAAAUGUUGGAGAGCUGUCAGACCAAGAUUUGGAAAAUGGAACAUCAGCAACAACAACACCAGCAAUAUGUGACCCUCGAGGGUUUGGAUAACAGCAAUGCGAGGGCAUUAGUUGUUAAACUAAUUAAUGUAGUCCUCACAGUCUUGCAAGUUAUUCUCCUUCUUGUGGCCACAGGUGCUGGUAUCAUGAUGCCUUUCCUUCGAACGAGCUGUACUAAGCCUCAUUGUUUCAUGUGCAGGGUGCGCAUACUCACAACGACAUUUGUCGUUCUGGGCAUUGUGUUCGUGCUCAAGCAGUGGCCUGAGGUGCACGAUGUAGGAAGUCACCUUAUGCGCCACCUAAAACAGACUCUCGCCGUCAAGUAGCAUUGGUGGAAUAUUAAAAGCUAACUGCUCCACUCCCGGGGAAGAGAUGAACGACUUUGGUGUCAUUUCGCAGAUCGUCCAAGAAGCAAUAAAGAAAAUAAGUGCAGUAUUCCUUUCCGUGACGUGCAUCCUACACUCUUCCUAGCUACCUUCAUCGCUUGAUCACGAAACGCCUAGCGUUUCUGCCCUCAAAGAAUCUCGUCUAUCUUCUCCACGAAAAGAAGAAAAGAAGGCUCGACGAGAAAGCACACACGGAAGGAACCAAACGCGAAUGACCGUAUCGGUUGCGUUAUUAGCUGUGACUCUUCGUUACAUUUUUUGUUAUUUUAUUUUUGUCUACGCUGGUUAUUGAAAAUUGACUCUAAGCUCCGAGCAUAAACCACAAAGAGCCGAGUAAACGACAGUGACGUUCGCUUCAAAGAAAAGAAAGUGACGAAACAAAGUCGUUUCAUUGUUAAAUUGCGUCCAACACGAUCCUCUUGAUUUCUAGAGAGACUGAAUGUAGAAUCAGUGGUCUGUGAUUUCUGUGAGAUGGAUUGAAAUGGAUUGCUUACUGAGUGUGAUUUGACGAAGUUUAAAAUUGUAAGCAACGAGUGAUAUAAAAGUACCUCGACUCCAAUUAGCGAGAAAUCAUUAUGCGUGUCUGUGGCUGGUAAUAAUCGUCCAAACGCUAUACAAUAAAUUCAAAGUGAAUUUACAGUCAAUCUAUUAUCAAAGAAAGCACUUUGACUUGCAUAUUCUAGUUGCCUCAUCGCACUUAAAAUCAUUCAAAAUAGUGUCAUUUAGUACUCGUUCUUGACUCAUAAAGGCAGAAAUUGUAAAUAAUGUCAAAUAGGUGUCAUAACCGUCGUCCAUUGUCAUAAGAAUAGAAUAGUAGAUUCUAGAAGCAUCGCUGAGUGGCACUAUUUCAUCAUCGAGUCGCUCUGAGUUUCUCUGAUUCGAUACCUCCAUUUUAAAAGAACCUCUCUCGUAGUGUGCGUCAAAAAUCUAAUAUAACCAAUGUGGCGUUUAUUGUCUGAAAAACCACUUUGCUUUUUGAGUUGAUCCCUUGAAAUGAUCCUUUGUAUUCUUUGGAGAGUUUACGAAUUCUUUAAAUUCUCUUGAAUUGAUUGGGAUGCUUUUAAACUAUUUCAGAUUGUCUUGAAUUCUUUUCACUUCCUUGAAAUCUUCUGAAUUCCCUGAGUCCCUAGAAUCUAAAAUGUCUGAAUUUCAUUAAUUUCUUUCUCUGAGCUCCUUGAAUUCUUUGAUAUCUCUGAUUUCCUUGAAUUUCCAGCCAUCUCUGUAAUGCCUGUAAUUUUCUGAAAUAUCUUGAAUUUUCUGAAUUUCCUAAAUUCCUUGAGUAUUAUGAACUCACUGAAAUAUUUUAAUUUUUCAGAAUUCUCUGCAUUAUUUUAAAGUCUUGGAAUUAUCGAAAUUCCGAGAAUUGCACGAAUUCAGAUAAUUAAGGGACUUCUACGAACUAAGGUAAUUCCAAGAAUUUUAACAUAAUGCAAGAAAUGUAUCGAAUUUAGACGAGUUCAAGGAAGUCAAGGUAACGCAGUUAUUGCAUGAAUUAUCUGUUAUAUAUUUCUUAAAUCUUGCAGGAAAUUUGUAAAAAUAUUAAUAUAUUUAAAUAGAAAGUUUUGAAUACUUAUUUUCUGAGAGAGAGAAAUAUAAAAAAAAGUAACGAUAGCCCUUUUCACCAAAAAUUUUAUGAUCUUGAAACGUCACAUCCUAUAAAAGUGUACAAUUGCUCUAUUGACUAAUGAAGUAUCCAACUGACAGUUGGCGAAAAAAGUUGUGACCCUUUACAUGUCGACUUCCCCCGAUCAACAGCGCUACUCAGACUUAUGUUUACUUCCUUCCGGGGCUGGCCCAAUCAACAAUGCCUUAUCUUCCAGCAAAAAAAUCAAAAAGUAUACUUUUUAAACAGGAAAAAAGUAUUUAAACUUAUUUAAAAAACUUAUUUAAAAUUUAAAAACUAUUUAAAAAUAUGCAAGUACCCCGUCCAGUGUGAAUUCAGAGUAAUUAAAUUGAAUACAAACUAAUUUUAAAUAUUAUAUAUUAGCAGAAUCUUAUUGAUUCUUUUAACGUUUAGAGAUUAGACGACCAACCUUGGAGUGGUAGUUUUAGAUUUACACUCUGAAGAGGUUUUAUAAUAUAGAGGUUUCGAUUGAUCAACACGUACUUCAUUUCCAAACGUGGGUCGAAAUACAACCCUCCGAUACAUUAAGCACUUUUUUUUUAAUCCCCCUUUUCAAUAACAUACCACCACAGACACAAAAAUGUAUCGAAAUACUGCGAGAGAAUAGGAGAAAAUAGCCCAUGACAGAUAAUCGCUAUGAGAGAAAGACUGAUGGACUAAUCGGUUACGAGUCGAUAACUUUUCGAUUCUUCGUAACACGCUUGUGGCAAUUUUUGCACAACGGUGUAUCGGUUAUUCAAAUAUUAUCGGCAAGGGUUGGUAGGCAAUUCUCGGCUACAGCACCGAUGCAAACAUUCCUUUUUUUUUUUAGUUUUAGAUCGCGAUGCUCUUAUUCAAGGGGUACAUAAC